GUUAAUGUGAUUGAACAGUGUAUAUAUAUGGAGUGCUGGUAGCGUGAUCGCCAGCUUACCAUUCGCAUGCCCCAGCUCAGCUCCGACGCCAUGACCGCCCUCGACUUCCUGCCUGACGUCGCCGACCACAACAAGCCCACUCUCCCCCACCACGCCGCCGACGACGCCAUCGCCAUCGCCAUGCCGCCCCCUUCCGCCCCCGCCACUCCCAACAACUACUGCAGGAGGCUGGAGGGCAAGGUGGCCAUCGUCACCGGCGGCUCGCGGGGCAUCGGGGAGGCCAUCGUCAGGGCCUUCGUUCGCCACGGCGCCACCGUCGUCGUCGCCGACAUCGACGACGCCGGGGGCCAGGCGCUGGCCGCCGAGCUCGGCCCGCAGCUCUGCGCCUACGUGCACUGCGACGUCUCCAGGGAGGCGGACGUCGAGCGCGCCGUCGCGGCGGCGCUACAGCAGCACGGCCGACUCGACGUGCUGUGCAACAACGCCGGGGUGCUGGGCCGCCAGACGCGCGGCGCCAAGAGCAUCGCGUCCCUGGACGCCGACGAGUUCGCCCACGUCCUGCGCGUCAACGCGCUGGGCGCCGCCCUCGGCAUGAAGCACGCGGCGCGCGCCAUGGUGCCCCGCCGCGCCGGGAGCAUCGUGUCCGUGGCCAGCGUCGCGGGCGUGCUCGGCGGCCUCGGCCCGCACGCCUACACGGCGUCCAAGCACGCCGUGGUGGGGCUCACCAAGAACGCCGCCUGCGAGCUCGGGGAGCACGGCAUCCGCGUGAACUGCAUCUCCCCCUUCGGCGUGGCGACGCCCAUGCUGGUGAACGCGUGGAGGCAGGGAGGAGGAGGGGAGGCGGCGGCGCCGAGCGAGGAGGAGGUGGAGAAGAUGGAGGAGAUGGUGCGGAGCAUGGCGACGCUCAAGGGGCCGACGCUGCGGGCAGGCGACAUCGCGGAGGCGGCGGUGUUCCUGGCCAGCGACGAGUCCAGCUACGUGUCCGGCCACAACCUCGUCGUCGACGGCGGCGUCACCACCACCAGAAACGUCAUCGGGCUCUGAAUCUUGGAUCAGAAUCAGAUGAUGUACUUGCCAUUGCAUUUGCAUUGGGAUCAAUCCAUCGACUCUACUUGUACUAGUCCAGUACUUCACUGAUCAACUGCUGUGCUGUGCUGUGCAUGCAUGAUUGGUUGCUCUUGCAUCUCACAAUUCUCAUUGUCCAUGGAUGAUUGGUUUGAUCUGGUGGUCUCCCCUUUGAAUGGUUAA